AUCACCAUAACGAACUGAAGCUCUCUGAAGAAUUCCAAUCGAAGAAUCUUCUCCAACUCUCUUACAUUCUUCAUCUUUCUUUUUUUCAAGUCUUUGGAAUAAUGCCGGGACAAAGUUCGGUCGCGCCUUUUCCCACCAACGGAUAUACCAUCUAUGAAUUCACGGGGCGUCCGAGUUCUUCCACGAACGAACUAGCUCGGGUUCAUACCGGAGUCAUUGUGGAAGUUAAGGACGUACAUCAAGCAAAGAUUGCAGAGGAAGCCGGGGCGUGUUGUGUUUUGUUCUCCCAACCGAUUCACGAAGGUAUAUCACGAAUGCCUGAACCGUUGCUAUUCAAGGAAAUUGAGCGCGCUGUUUCCAUUCCGGUAAUCGUAAAGAUCCGCAUAGGGCACUUCGUCGAAGCGCAGAUUCUUGAUUGUGUUGGUGUGAAGCAUUUCGAUGAGAGCGACGAAGCUUCGGCUGCGGAUGCAGAGAAUUUUAUCAACAAACACAAGUUUAAGGACUCGCAUUUUGUCUGUGGAUGUCGAAGCCUGGGCGAGGCGUUGAGGAGAAUAAAGGAAGGUGCGAUAAUGGUGAAGACUCAAGGGGGUAUGUCUUCUAUUACAGGUCAUAUCACGGAGACGUUGCGUAAUGUGAGGUCUGUGAUGUCGGAUAUUAGAUAUUUACAUAACAUGGAUGAGAAUGAGGUUUUCGCUUACUCGCGAGAGAUCGCUGCGCCUUAUGAUCUUGUCAAAGAAACCAGGGAACUUGGCAGACUACCGGCAAUCCAUUACGCGGCCGGAGGCAUUGUGACUCCUGCGGAUGCCGCUUUGAUGAUGCAGUUAGGUUGUGAUGGCAUCUUUCUUGGAUUGGAGAUAUUCGAAUACCCUAAUCCUCGCGACCGAUUAAGAAGAAUGAUUGAGGCAGUGAGGAAUCACAGCGAUCCCGAAGCACUGGCGCGAGCUGCUUUUGGUUUUGGCCCCGCGUGAGAAUCGGAUCAAACUGUCUGCUUCAGUGGCUGACUAAUUGUUCUAAAUAGAGUAAAUAAUCUUCUUCUUACACAAUUCUUUAGUAUGUUUCUGAGAAUAUACUUCUACUGUAUAGAUUCAAAUUAGAGAUGAACAUCUUUUACCGUCUUCUUCCGGAUUGUUGAGAAUACAUAGCUAUGAUUUAGAAUAUAUUCUUCAUUCAUUACAGUGAAACUCUACAACAUUGAAAUGAUUUUCAUGCAAUAUAAAAUUCCAGAAUUGCUACCUA